AUGUAUGUAUCAUUUAGAGAAGGGGUGAAUCUUGACAUAUAUUAUAGGGUUCCUAGGUACAGUUUGGACAUGAGAGUAAAGCAAAUGAGAUCAGAAUGUGAUGUUAUCGAGUUACUAAAAUGUUAUGAAGACCUAUCAGUAGUUGUAAUAUACAUUGACAAAUGUGAUGAUCUACUGUCUGUGUUAUCAUCAAAUUGUGCAAGGGAUACUGUGAAUACUAUGGAUGAUGAAGUUGAUGUUAAUAUCAACGAACAAAUUCAAGACAGUGAUACACUUAAAACUGAUUCUAAUGAAAAUGACUAUGUAGUGAAUACCUUUGAAUGUUAUGAUAGUGACGAGUAUAGUGAGGACCUUAAUUGGAUUUAUGAAGACAUACAAGGUCCAGAUGAUGAUGACAUUUUCAGAAGUGACUUUCCACCUAAUGGGGCUGAAACUUCUAUUAAUCAAGAUGUUGGACCAUCUCAGUCAAAUAAAUCCACUGAUGGUGUAGCCUCCAAUGCUGCUACAGCCUCCAAUACUGUUGCUGCCUCCAAUGCUGCUGCUGUUGCUGUUGCUGUUGCCUCCACUAUUAGUCCAGCCUUUACUGCUGCUGCAGCCUCCAUUACUGGUCCAGCCUCAACUGUUGGUGCAGCCUGCACUGUUGGUCCUAGGAGUGGUGCAGUUAGGAAAGGUUCUAGAAGUAGUGUCCUUGACAAUCUAAAUGCUACUGGGAGUGUGCACAAAACAACUAUAUCCAAUUUAUUGGAUAGAAUUAGGGCUAAGAAAAGGUCAUAA